AAUGGCAGUCGCAAGAUGGCUGCGGAUCUCUUGAAAUUCCAGUUCAAGUCCAAGUUUUUGAGGAAAUUAGCGCGACAGAGGACCUUAGUCGUAGUGUUAGUGGUGUUCAGUUAUUUGUGGGUGUCAGCGGAAGGACAGGAGUGCAAUUUACCGUGCCAGAAUGGGCGGUGUGAGGAUAAUAAGUGUGUUUGUGACGUGGGCUGGAAGGGUCCCCUCUGCCAGUGGUGCGAAGGAAGGGUGAGAUUAUGGUCCAACUCAAGUGUGAUAACGGAUGGUGCAGGGAACUAUUCGACGGACACUCAGUGUGCGUGGCUGAUCGAUGCAGGUCAGCCAAAUACUUCAAUCCGUCUCCAUCUCGAUCAUUUCGCCACGGAAUGCUCGUGGGACCAUUUAUACGUUUACGAUGGCGACAGCAUAUAUGAUCCCCUCCUUGCUGUCUUCAGUGGCAUGGUGGUCCAGGACGACUACCAAGUACCACACAUACCUGAGGUGGUAGCCAAGUCGGGCUACGCACUGCUAUACUUUUAUUCGGAUGCAGCUUACAACCUAACAGGAUUCUCAAUAUCUUAUAGAGUUGACGGUUGCCCCAGCACAGUUGUCGGCAAGGAAUGCUCAAACAGAGGUGCUUGCCUGGAGGGGAUAUGUACGUGUGAUGCGGGCUGGGGGGGACCUGCCUGCUCGGUGCCAGUUUGCCCGGAAGGCUGUUCAGGCAACGGCCAAUGCAAACCGGAGGAACACCGCUGCCAGUGCCAUCAGGGAUAUACAGGUGCGGACUGCAGUCAGGUCAUAGAGGAGGGAUGGUGGGAAGUGGUUGGUCACGACAUCACCAGCCAGCUGACCAAUCCAGAUCCGUUCUCCUCCAUGCUAGAGCGAGGGUCACAUGCCACUGUCCUUAUCAAUAAUGCAAUCUGGGUCAUAGGGGGAUAUUCCUUCACAGAAAAGCCUUUUGUUUUAAAAUACAAUAUUACAGAAGACACUUGGAGAGCUUUGGAGAGUCGGAGCAUAAAGAAACCAGCCUCAAGAUACGGGCAUUCAGCGGUGGUGUAUAAUGGAUCGAUAUACAUGUACGGAGGCAUGAAGGAGGACGGAACCAUCACUCGAGAGUUCUGGCAGCUAGACACCUCCUCCCUGGCCUGGUCACUGGUCCCCUCGGAAAAGAGUUCCAGAGGAGGCAAGAGCCGGAAUGGGCGCAAGAGGCUGGGACGUCGGGAGGGGAACAGACGCAACAACAGAAGUGGGAGGAGCAGAGAAAAUAGGCAAGAGAACAUCAGCAGCCGAAGAGAAGGAAGAGAGGGGAGGGAGGGAGACGAGGAGGAUUUCGCGGAGGAGGACGGAGAGGCGAGCGACCAUUCACCAAAGAGGGAGAAUGGGAGCGAGUCGGGGGGUUGCUUGUCUUCGUCGCCUGGGCCCUGUGCACCCAUACCCUGUGUGGGGCAUGCGGCCGUGGUGGUGCAGAAGGUGAAGAAGAAUGUUAUGCUCGUCAUCUUUGGGCAUUCCUCCAGAUAUGGAUAUUUAAACACAGUCCAAGAGUAUGAUUUCGAGCAAGGCAACUGGGAAACCAUAGAAACACGAGGUGCGGUGGUGAGUGGUGUUUAUGGUCACACGGCCGUCUGGGAUCCUGUGACCUCUCUUGUUUACGUCCAUGGUGGUCUGCUCUCCAUCACUUCCACCAGUCAUGUUGUGCCCUAUCUGAUGACUUAUGAUCCUGUCAAACACAUAUGGAAACUGCGAACCCCGGCUCCAGUGCCUCGGUUCUUGCAUUCUGCCGUCCUUUUUAAAGGUUUAAUGCUGGUGUUCGGAGGAAAUACGCAUAAUGACACAGCCUAUUCUUACGGUGCAAAGUGUUACAGUGCGGACUUUUUGGCCUACGACAUAAGCUGUAAUUCGUGGCACACAAUGCGAAAACCCCCCAACCUGUACCUUGAUGUUGCAAGGUAUGGACACACAGCAGUGUUUCACCAGGAGGAGAUGUACAUUGUUGGGGGCUUCAACGGCAAAAUGUUGGGCUCUGUGCUGAAAUACCAUCCAGGAGACUGUGAACCCAGGUUAACAUCAAGCGAAGAGUGUUUGACAGCAUACCCAGGUGUUAAGUGUGUAUGGAAUAGGAUCUUAGCACGCUGUGAAUCAAUUGACUUAAAAGAUAAAAAAGCAUACGAUGUAUGCCCAGCAGUGACAGCAAAACAUAAUUUCACUGCGCUGUGCAACACCCAAACAUCUUGCCAUUCUUGUGUCUUCAAUACUUACAACUGCUUCUGGUGUAGUAGCUCCUGCACAGAUAAUAAGUGUAUAGAAUACACAAAGCAGCCUGAAGGUGUGAUGAGUUUGAGUAAUGGUCUCCUAAAUAAAGAGGUUCCAAGGCCAACUAAGGUGGUGGGUGUGGUGAGUGAGGAAGGCUGUGAGGAUGGCCUGCGGUCACGAUGCAAAGCACUCAGCACAUGCCCCUUGUGUCGGGCACACCAGCACUGUGACUGGGUGGAAAAACAGUGCGUUCCAGCACCCAAUAGGACUAUGACAACAGCUCUUACAAACGGAGCAGCUGGGGAGACUAGUCCCAGCCUUGGCUCAGAGAAUACCCUACAAACAGUGCAGAUAGACAGAGACAUGGCCAGCGGCACAGGGGCCACGUUACUGUCUCACAAGCCCUGUCAGCCUACCUGUGCACAGAGGACAUCAUGUACAAACUGCACACAGAGUUCGUGUAUGUGGUGCUUCAACCAGCAGCGGUGUGUCAAGAAUAAUUCCUAUUUGGUCAGUUUCCCCUACGGCCAGUGUAGAGAAUGGACCACGGAAUCCAAGAGAUGCAUGGAUGUGGAGCCUGGAAUGAGCCGCUGCAGCAUCCACCAGACAUGUGAGAAAUGCCAAGCAGACGUUGCAUGCGGUUGGUGCGACGACGGAAGCGGUACGGGAAUUGGCACCUGCAUGGAGGGGGGACAGAGAUACCCCAUCAACCCAGUGACCAAAGCCUCUCAGAGGAAGAAGUGCCCCAGCCCCAACUGGUACUUCACCCAGUGCCCACUAUGCAAUUGUAACGGCCAUAGCACCUGUGAGAACCACAGCCAGUGCAUAGAGCCAUGUGCCAAUAAUACUGGGGGAUCCCAUUGCCAGUACUGUGUAGAGAAAUUCUUUGGAAAACCAAUAAAUGGCGGACUGUGCAAACCUUGUAUGUGCAAUGAGCAUGGUGACACAUGCAAUCGCGAGACUGGACGCUGCAACUGUCAUACAAAGGGGGUAACUGGUGAUCACUGUGACCGAUGUGACUCACAAAACAACUAUGUCGGUGAACCUCUGAAAGGAUCUUGUUUCUAUGAUCUCCAGAUAGACUAUCAGUUUACCUUCAACCUCUCCAAACAUGAGGAUCGUCACAUACGCCAGAUCAACUUUUUUAACGUGCCAACCAAGAGUGAUGUAGAUACUGACUUUGAUAUACAAUGUUCAAAGGCAACCAACAUCAAGAUAUCGUCUAAAAUGACAAAUAGCCACGAAACCUGGAUCAUACGCAACUACACCGGCAAAAGAAUCAAAAGGAGAUUCAGCGCCUCGGAGUACACAUUCGGGGCGGCAGACAACAACACCACAUUUCACGUCUACGUCUACAACUUCACGCCCCCCAUUGAGAUCAUUGUGUCGUUCUCCCAACACCCCAAGCUGGAUCUCGUGCAGUUCUUCUCCAUAUUCUCGCUAUGUUUCCUGAUUUUACUGACUUUUGCUGCUAUACUUUGGAAGAUCAAACAAAAGUAUGACAUUUAUACCAGGAGACAGCGUCUCCUGGUGGAGAUGGAAGCCAUGGCAUCGCGUCCCUUCCGCCCCAUCCUGCUGGAGCUCUACCCACGAGGCUCUGCUGACACCCCCAACGCCAAUGGCAUCAUCUGCCCCACCCCCACCAACACUGCGCCAACCCCUACCGCCAUCACCACCACGACCCUGGCCAACAACUGCAACAUUCUAGGCACCAAUGGCACUGCCAAUGCCAUCAGCAGCUCCCUGACCAACGCCACCACCAACUCCUUGUCUAGCCUCAACUCCAACUCCACAAACAAGGGGGCAUUCAAGGCCAACAACACAAAGUCCUGCAAUAACAUAAUGAGCAAUGCAACGUCACCGGAUAGCCUUCCCUCGGACACCUUAGACGGCAUGAUGACGCUCAAGAAAAGAAAGAAGAUCAACCCAAGCCCUAUAUCCCUGGAGCCUUGCAGUGGGAACCGAGCAGCCGUCCUCUCACUCCUGGUUCAGUUGCCUACCGGUGGGGAACCCUUCACUCCGCCAGGACAUCCAGGUGGUCUGGCAAUCGCAAGCACUCUUGUAACGCUCGGAAACCCGAGGAAAUGUAGUUCCGACCCCAUAACUCUUACCAAGGGGGACGUCAACAAAAAUAAAGCUCUAAGAGGUAAACAACCAUAUUCCAGCCAUUCUCCUGACACCUGUAUUUAACAUAGGCCUUGCCACCAUCCUGUAAGAUGUGCAGAUGUAUCAUGUAUAAUAAGCCAUUGUUAACAAUAGCCACAUCCAAAUUUUAUAAUGUAGUAUGUAAUAAUGAUCAUAAUGAUUAGAUUUAGUAUUAGUUGUCUGAUGCCUUGAGCAGACAGAAGCAUUCUCUGUUCCUUCUUAUGUUGUUGCUUGCAGAAAGCCACAUUGACUUAAAACUAAAUGAUCCACUGAAACAGGUCCUCAGAUGCACAGGUGUGUAUUUGAAGAUUUAUAAAAUGAGAUGAGCAUUUUAUUCCUUGAAAAAAAUUGGCUAAGUUUAACCCUUUUGUUCCUUGAUUUUCUUACCCACAGACAUUUACCUGUUUUUUCCACCUUAGUUUGAAAGAAAGGAAAAUUGAUUUCUUGUAGAAUCACCAGCUGAAGGAAAAGUAUUUUUCUUUACUAUCCAUGUAUUAUUCCCUUGAAAUUUGAAAGCCUAUAAGGAUUUUUUAUUUAUGUAUUUAUUAUUUUUUUCAAUUUCAACCAUGUCAACUGUUAUAAUUUCCAGGCCAAGAAUGUCACUAUUGUCUGCUAAGGCCUUAGAUAUGUGUUCUAAGACGAGCUUAGAAGUUAAACCUGUUAAGUUAAAACAGUCCAGAAAUGGCCAAACGAAUUACAUAAUGCAACUGUACUGGGAUGUUGAGCCUGGACAGUCCUGGCCACACAAAGUUCCUACUUCUUUGUGGAAUAGUGAGAAGCGUAGCAACUCCACAAGGGCAUGGUGGCAGAAAUUCCUCUUGACACAUGCGUUUUUUCAUUGGCUGACGAUUGUCCGGGUUAGGAACGAGUGUUGGAGUAUCACAUACACACGACUCAUAUUUUUUAAUAAUGAAGUUUUAUUUGUUAGGUAUCUCACAUGCUCUGAUAUGUGCAGUUAUCAGUGGAGUAAUUUUUUUCCCCCUCCUCAGUCUGUCUUUUCCAUAUUUUUUGUUUUUUAUUUAAUUUUUUUUUGCUAUGAAAGAGUGACCACUUCUCAUUUUCAUUCAUUUUUUUUUUUUUUUUUUUUUUUUUUUCCCU